AUGGUCCAAUUCAUGCUCCUUCCUGCUGCUCUGGCACUGAGCCUUGUUACUUCAGUCCAGGCAGCUAACUCCCCAGGCUGCGGGAAACAGCCGACCCUCGCCAGCGGCGUGCAGAAUAUCAACGACCGCGAGUACAUCCUCCAGCUCCCGGACGGCUACGACCCAGCCCAGCCCCAUCACCUCAUCUUCGCCCUGCAUUGGCGCGGAGGCAACAUGAACUCCAUUGUCGAUGGCCAAAGUGUCGAGCCCUGGUACGGCCUGGAUACUCGGGCCGAGGGUAGCGCGAUUCUGGUCGCCCCUAACGGCAGGGAUGCAGGCUGGGCCAACCCCAACGGAGAGGAUGUGGCCCUUAUUGAUGCUAUCAUCGAGCAGGUGGAGGAUGACCUUUGCGUGGACCAAAGUUCUCGCUUCUCGACAGGUUUCAGCUGGGGUGGCGGGAUGAGCUACGCACUUGCCUGUGCGCGGGCGAGCGAGUUCAGAGCUGUCAGUGUGUUGAGCGGUGGAGUUAUUAGCGGCUGUGACGGUGGCAGCGACCCCAUUGCUUAUCUCGGCAUCCAUGGCAUUAAUGACCCGGUUCUGCCACUUGAUGGAGGCGUAACAUUGGCAGAGCAAUUCGCGGCCAAUAACGGGUGUAGCCCGACUGAGAUUGGCAGGCCCGAUGCUGGCAGUGCAAGUUCAGUUCGGACCGAUUUUACUGGAUGCUCGCGGCCGGUUUCGUUUGUUGCUUACGACGGAGGGCAUGAUGCGGCCCCUCUUGGUGUUGGAAACCCGCUUGCGCCGGACGCUACCUGGGAGUUUUUCAUGGCUGCUUGA